AUGGCGGAAUUAGACAAGUUAGAGGAUCACUCGGUGCCGGUUGCUGCCAGUAAGGUUGCCAUCGGUGACUACGAAGACGAAGACGACGAAGACGAGGACGAGGAGGAGGACGGCGGUGGUGGUGGCGGAGGAGGAGGAGGAGGCGGCGGCGGAGGAGACGGUGAAACCGGUGAAGGAGGCAGUGCCAGUGACGAUAGUGGUGUUAGUGGUAUCAGUGGCGAAAGUGUUUACGGUGGUUGUGGUGGUGGUGGUGGUAUCGGCUGCUGUGCCGCUCUGGCUCGCAGCAAGCAGAUCGAGAAGAAUCUCAAGGAGGAUGGUAUCCAGGCGGCUAAGGACAUUAAACUCCUGCUGCUUGGAGCGGGCGAGUCCGGCAAGAGUACGAUCGUGAAACAAAUGAAAAUUAUCCACGAGAGCGGCUUCACGCCGGAAGACUUCAAGCAGUACAGACCAGUCGUAUACAGUAACACGAUACAAUCUCUAAUCGCUAUUCUCAGAGCAAUGCCUAAUCUGGGCAUCAGCUUUUCAACCAACGAGCGAGAGACGGACGCAAAAAUGGUAUUCGACGUAAUACAAAGAAUGGAAGAUACGGAACCUUUUAGCGAAGAAUUACUGGCGGCUAUGAAGAGGCUGUGGUACGACAAUGGAGUGCAGGAGUGCUUUGGUAGGAGCAAUGAGUAUCAGUUGAACGACUCCGCGAAAUACUUCUUGGAUGAUUUGGACCGAUUAGGAACGAGGGAUUACCAGCCAACGGAACAGGAUAUUCUCAGGACUCGAGUAAAAACGACAGGAAUCGUGGAGGUCCAUUUCUCAUUCAAAAACCUCAACUUCAAAUUAUUUGAUGUAGGUGGUCAGAGGAGUGAGCGUAAGAAAUGGAUACAUUGCUUCGAGGAUGUAACUGCAAUCAUUUUCUGCGUGGCAAUGUCCGAAUACGAUCAAGUCUUGCACGAGGACGAAACGACGAACCGAAUGCAAGAGAGCUUAAAACUGUUCGACUCGAUCUGCAACAACAAAUGGUUUACCGACACCUCGAUUAUCCUCUUCCUGAACAAGAAGGAUCUCUUUGAGGAAAAAAUCCGCAAGUCUCCUCUCACAAUCUGUUUUCCCGAAUACGCUGGUGCGCAGGCGUACAGUGAAGCGGCUGCAUACAUCCAGGCACAGUUCGAAGCGAAGAACAAGUCGACCACGAAGGAGAUUUACUGCCACACGACCUGUGCCACCGACACGAACAACAUUCAAUUUGUGUUCGACGCAGUCACAGACGUCAUUAUCGCCAAUAAUCUGCGCGGCUGCGGUCUCUACUAGGCUAAUUCUGUAUUCUACGUUAAGCGCAAACGGAGGAGGAAAACGUUACCCACGACAUGGCUGGCCGGACGAUAUUCUUCAAUGGGUUUGUGGCUCGUCUCGGUUCUACUCCGACGCGAGAAAGAGAGAAGGAGAGCGGAAGAGAAAGAGAGAGGAAGACGACCCCUUUCAUUAUCAACGCAGAAGCGUAGCAAAACGUUUAGUUUGUCUUGUCUUAUACUAAUGAAUCUGAGAAGCCGACAAUCGUUCGUGAUGUCGGUUGGAGAAACAGCACGCUCCUUGACGAAGGCAGCGAGAAAGAACGAUCGAUUGCGGGAGAGAAACGCGUGCUCUACGAACGAGACGGUGGGCCAUCGUUGGCUCCGAUCCUCGGAGAGGAUAGAUGUCGUUUUCGCAGAAAACGAAAUCGAAAGCGAUCGAUGACGAUUUCGCAGGUGAUAUCACGACCUUAGUAUAUGUGGCGAAAAAAUGAAAGGGAUCUUAGUUAAUCGUGCUUGCAUCCGAUCGUCGACGGUGACGAAAACUGUCGGAUCCUGUACAAAAUUGAGAGGGUCGCGGACCGUUUAAUCGAAGCUGGCCAUUGAUGUUAAGAAUCGUCGAGGCUCGUGCACAUUUUGUACCGCGAUUUUCAGCUUCGUUCUCGUUUCGCUAUAGAAACGCUCGAGCAUUCCAUGACGCUCCACGCGGAGGAAGAGAGGAAGAGUCACGCGUGCACGCCGCGCAUACCAGUCGAAACCUUUUCCCACAAUUUUCGCACACAGAUUUUACUAAGCGCACUCGAAGUUCGGUUUAUAUAUACACAUAUACACGUUCAUAUAUUCUCUUAUGUCUCUCCUUUCCAUUGAGGAACAAAUUCGCACGCGAUCGAACGUAUCUCUCGAGAGUGUUGACAUGCGUUUUCCCAGAUUUGCAUUUUGAUAAACGGAGAGCGAUUAAAGGACAACGCGGCAAAUUUUGUAAGAGAGAGCAACGCGCGAUGUCGAUAUCGCGAAGUAUCUCCAAGCUCAGUUGAUUACUUCUCGUAAUAUAACGGUUAGAUCCUUUUAUUUUUAUUUUAUGUCAUUUCUAUACGUCAUGCAAUUAUUACGCAGUUAAUACGACGACUACGUAUACGGGAUAUUCCUAGGCACAGGAACAUUACAGCCACAAAUGUCGAUCCAUACGCACAUACACGCGCAUAAAUUAUUUUUCACGAUGGAGCAAUUUAUUCCCUUCGUUAACGAUCGUCGACAGAGUGUCAUGUACAGUAUACUUUUAGCGUACGUACACGAAUUCCAAGUAUAUGUAAGAACGUGUCGACCCUUGAAAUCAUCGCGACUCUGAAAUCAUUCGUUCGUACGGUGAAAUUUCCCGGUAGGAGUAUUAGGGAAAUAAAAAGUCACGCGAUUUCUACGCGCGGGAUAAUCCGCAUUAUCUUACUCGCGGAUAUCGAGGGAAAAAAUUUUGCGAAAUAACGAGACUUCUUACGAUUAAAAAUGAUUGUCGCUAGUUUACUGACAGUGAAUCCAAGAUUUUCACGUGGACGCUCCGUGCGUUCGAGCAGGGACACACGUAUGCACGUACCUGUGUGUACACAAUUUCUGAAACAUCCUGCGCAUACGCGUAUGCGGCGCUGCAGCGAUUCGCGGGAAUCCUAAGAGUGUAUUUUUCUAAGUGCUUCGUUUUUCUUCCUUUCCGUUUUCUUUUUCCUAUGGGGCGUACCGACAAUACUGAUAGUUAAGUUCAGUGUACGAAAAGAAAGGGAUGGGCGAGGAAAAGUGUACGAGAGCAUGCACACACGGGACCUCACAUUUAGGCGCGUGCACCAACACGUACGUUUCCGGGACAGGACAAGUAAAAAUCUCGUUGCGCACAAUCGUACUGUACUCGGCGCUAUCUCGCAUAAGUUAUAUUUUAUUACACGGUAACUGUUGGAGGAGACACCGGCGAGGGAAAAUGAGCCAUCGAUGAUGAGCAUCGUCACGUUUCGAUACUCUGAUUGCUUUCUCGUCAGAAAAGGAGAAGCUGAACGGACGAUGGGAAUAGGCAUAGUGCAGAGAAGUAACUGCAUAUGGGGCCUACGCAUAAAGAUUGUCAUAAUUGUUUUUGACAGUGUCGUAAGUUAACGUACAAUGAUCGACAUACGUCGAUCAAACGGCAUACGUUGAAAAUAAUUAUGCUAAAUCUUUGUACGUUGUCUUAUGAUUCUAUUGGAAAUACGGAAAAAAAAGAUUUAUUAAAACAACUAAAAGCUUCAUUGAUUCAGCAAAUCUACGGUCGCGUAAUAUACAUACAACCAGUUUUCUAUGUUAAAGUAGCAAAGUUGUACUAUUAAAUAAAAUUAGCGAUUAUAGAUAAUCAUAUUUGUUGUAAUAGCACAACAAACUUGUUAAAAAAAAAAAAAAAUACAGGAAAGAUAACUUUCCUUGAAAAUCGAUCCAAUAUAUACACCAAAGUUUUUUACAAAACGUGCUAGCUAAGCUGGCGCAUACUUUUGCUACUGUAAUGAAGGAAACUUGUUACAUUAACAGUGUUCAUUGUAGUAAAGAAUUAGCUGUAUUAGCACACUGAUAAUUACAGGCAUGAUUUCUUUAUUGACUCGUCAAAUCUUCUUAGAUGUUGAACUCGUGCAACAAGCUAUAGUUUUGCUGAACCAUUUAAUCAAUUUUUUUUUCCAUCAACAGUUAUGGUAAAUAUUAUGAUUUUUGUACUCAGGCCCUAUGUCGGGAUCAGGACGAGAAGUCGAUCGUUAGAGAUAUCAGAGAUCCCGUUUUGUCAUCCGACAGUGAUCCUGACUGAGAUCAAUAUAAAAAUCCGUGGAGUAAAAAGACGAUGACAGAUUAGCCGAAAAGGGUGGAUGGAAAACGCGAAUACGACUGCAUGAUAUAUCGAGGGCUGACGAAUGCAAUUGAAGCAAGGCUCGAAAAUAUCGGCCGCUGAUACUUGUGCUCGUCUGAUACUUGAAGAAAGACGCAUUCUCAAAUGCUUGAACGAUACUUGAACGAUACAAUCGUUGAAAGAUAUUUCUGAGAUAAUUUUUAGAUCUUACAGGAGAGUUCAUACUGUAUACUCUCUUCAGAAGUAUUUUGUACCGUUAGUAUCGCUCGCGUGGACCACGAACCGCCAUAAUUUAUAGCAAUGUGACGAAGUAUCGAUACUUUAGAAACGAGCCUCGAGUGUGGCAGCAAUGCUAUUUAUUAGCGAUCUUAAAUUAUUUGAUCUUUAAUCUUUUCAAGUAUCAGACGAUAUUCGACGCUUCUAAGCUACGUUAAUAGUAGUCAAGUAGUCGAUGGCAUUUGGGGCGUCAUCAGUGAGACGAGUGACGAGUUAAUUGUACUUUGUGACUUUAGCUAAAGUGACUUAGAUAAAGUAUUUAUACGGAAAACCAAAAAGAUGAAAUAUGUGUAAGAAGUCUCAAACGUACCAAAUAGCGCGUGCCAAUGCGCAUGAUUUAAAUUUUAAUCUAGCUACGUUAGGGUAUCGUGGGGCUCAGUAAAUUGCGCUUUCUGUCGAGAGAGUGAUUGGACACGAUAGGAUUGGCGUUGUUGGUUGUUGUCGCAAGAUACGCGGAUUCGACCGAUCAUGAACAUCAGUUUCUAGCGUUGGUAGAGAGAAGGAUUAUUUUAAGUUUAAAAAUUAUCGUAUUAACUACUGCGCUAAUAAAUUUAGCUAUUGUAACUGUUCGAAGAGGAUCAACUGUGCGACCGAGACUUCGAUCGAUUCAUUAGAGGAGGUAGAUCGCUGUCAAUUGCGAUGUCGGUCGAAUCUGGCUAUUCGCGCGCGACUUGAUUGUUUAUGACUAUGUUGUUACCGUACUGAUAAGGGAACAUGUUACAUUGCAAAAGUGAUAUAAAAAAAACUAAUGUUAUCAAAGUUCAUAUUUGAAUUAAAUACUCUAGAUGGUCAAAUCUUGGGAUCGUAUGGAUUCUGUAUCCGACUUGGGCUGAAACAUGUUUGGCCAUAUUAACUUAGAUACAAAAUAUUUUGAGCAAUGCAUUUUCAAAUUUCAAAUAAAAAUUGUAACGUUUGAAGAGUAUCAUCAAUUGAGCUAUUUAGAUUUUGGGUUCAGGAGCUUAUUAGGUUCAAGUGGGUUCAAAAUUUAAGUAACUCAUCUGAUGGUCCUCUUGAAAUUAUACAAAUUUUAUUUAAAAUAUUUUUUUAAUAUAUUGUUUUCGAGAUAUUUUGUAUCCAAGUUACAAUAACCAAAUAUGUUCCAAAUUAAGUCAGGUAUAAAAUCCACAGAAUUCAAGAUUUGAUCAACUAGAAUAUCUAUUUCAAACGUGAUCUUUUGAUAAUAUUGGUUUUUUAUAUUUUUUUGUGAAAAAAAAUGCAAUGCAGCAUGUUCCCUUGUGAGAAAAAUGAUUCUGAUUAAACACAAAUGUCAUUCUUUUUGGGUCUUUUUCUUGAUUCAAUCAGAAUAUUUUUCUCACUGCGCAUAUGCAUAAAUACGGUGGACACGUAAAAUUGGGAAAGCGAAACAAGAAAUAAAAUCGAGUAAAAAAAAAAAAUGUCUGGGAGACGUCUCGUCUGACGAGAGCCAAAGAUUCAUCUCUUAACAUUGCUCGAUUCGUACUGAUUUCACACGAAUCUAAGAUUUAGUGAGAGAUCGAACAACCCGCGGUGUAACGUAACUAAAUCGAAAUCAUGCGUGAAGAUGAUCGUUUUUCGGCUCUAGUCAAUCUAUCGAGGAGCUCGUCAACGACACAUGUCGGUGAAAUUGUUUCACCGAGAAUAUAUUUAGGAGAGAGGGAGGUCUGGGAGGGAGGAGAGUUCGCACGCGUUAAUUUAAGUGAAAUGUUCGUAGAUAUCAAGUACGGGGGUCGUGAACAGGAAUAUAUGAGAGUAUAUUUGUAAGUCUACCGAUUUACUGCGUUGCUAGCUUGUACAUGAUUCAGCAUUAAGAAGCGAUAUACGCGAUGUUUCUGUAUGCAAGAUGCAUGUUUCCUUGAUGAGUGCUUAGACGAGAUACUUAGGCGAAACGGACGGUUGUACGCGAGCGAAUGGUUUGCGAUAAACUAAUAGAAACACAGUACCGUUGCGAGUUCGAGACAGGAAGUGGCGGUCAUGAAUACUAGCUUCUUUCGG